GCGGCCGACGCCGGCAGGUGGACGCGGUGGGUGGCGGGAUGCGAGGGCCGCCAGCCGGCAGCGCCUACCGGACGACCCGCCCGCAGACAGACGCCAUGGCCGCCCUCACAGGUUCGCUCUCAGGCGCGCUUCAGCUGGCACUUCUCCUUCUGCUGACACCGCGGUCGCAGGCCUACCCGCAGUUCGGCGACCCCGAUCUGACCUUCCCCGACGAGAACAACAACUUUGCGGAGCGGGAGCACGGCGACCUGGUGGUGCGGACUGACAACGGUCUGCUGAAGGGCAUCACGCUGACGGCGGCCACCGGUCGCCAGGUGGACGCCUGGCUCGGCAUCCCCUACGCACAGCCACCACUGGGCAACCUGCGCUUCCGCCACCCGCGACCCAUGCAGGCCUGGCAGGGCGUCCGGGAGGCGCGCACACUGCCCAACUCCUGCUGGCAGAUCAAAGACACCUUCUUCAACGACUUCAUCGGCAGCACCAUGUGGAACGCCAACACGCCGCUGAGCGAGGACUGUCUGUACCUGAACGUGGUGCUGCCGAGGCCGAAGCCGAAGCGUCCGGCGGCGGUGAUGCUGUGGAUCUACGGCGGCGCCUACUACAGCGGCUCGUCCACGCUGGACGUGUACGAUCCCAAGAUCCUCUCGUCGGAGGAGAACGUGAUCGUGGUGUCGAUUCAGUACCGCGUGGCCUCGCUCGGGUUCCUCUUCAUGGACCACCCGGCGGCGCCCGGUAACGCCGGCAUGUUCGACCAGCUCAUGGCCAUUCAGUGGGUGCACGACAACAUCGCCGCGUUCGGUGGUAACCCCGACAACGUCACGCUGUUCGGAGAGUCUGCCGGCUCGGCCAGCAUCAGCAUGCACCUGCUGUCGCCGCUGUCGAGACCGCUCUUCAGCCAGGCCAUCAUGCAGUCGUCGACGGCCACCAAUCCGUGGGCGGUGCUGGACCGCGAGGAGGCCAAGAAGCGGGGCCUGCGCCUGGCUGAGGCCACCAAGUGUCACGAGUAUGACAAGCAAGACGUGGAGAGCCUCAUCGAGUGUUUACGCCAAGUCCAUCCGAGCGACUUGGUGCAUUCGGAGUUUUUCACCACCGGCAUUUGCGAGUUUGCCUUCGUGCCGGUGGUGGAUGGCACGUUUCUCGUGGAGGACCCGCACAUAUCGCUCAAAACCGGCAACUACAAACGCACAAACAUAUUGGCAGGUAGCGUCAGCGAGGAAGCAAAUUAUUUUCUCGUCUAUUACCUGACCGACUACAUGAAACUCGAAGAGAAUGUUGUGCUAACACGAGAGCAGUUUAUCGAAUCCGUAAGCCAAACGAACCCCUACUUCACGACAACGGCUCGCCAAGCAAUUGCCUUUGAGUACACCAAUUGGGUCAAUCCUGAGGACCCCGAAUCAAACUUGGACGCUGUCGAUAAAAUGGUCGGUGAUUAUCAAUUUCUUUGCGGUGUUAACGACUUCGCCGAAACAUAUGCCAGCACUGGCAACGGUGUCUUCAUGUACCACUUCCGGCAGCGCUCUGCCGCGUCACCGUGGCCCAAGUGGAUGGGUGUGCUGCACGGUGACGAAAUCUCCUUUGUCUUCGGAGAACCGCUCAAUCCCACCAAAAAGUUUUCAGCAGAUGACCGCAAGCUCUCGGUUAAGAUGAUGCGCUACUGGGCCAACUUUGCCAAAACUGGGAACCCGAACCGAGGCUCGGCCAACUUAUGGACGACCGACUACUGGCCCCAGUACAAGGCGUACGACAAAAAGUACCUCACGCUGGCGUCCAACUCGUCAGAGGUGGGCGUCGGCCUGCGGUUACGGCAGUGCGCCUUCUGGAACAAGCACCUGCCUGAGAUUCACAGGGCGACAGUUAAAAACCCCGAGGACGACCAGCCCAUCACCUGCGCGAUAGCGUCGGGCGGCGACCGACCCGGCCCUGUCGUCUCAUCUGCCGUGACCGGCUGUCUGCUGCUGUCUCUGAUCACUGGCCUGCGCUGGUGAGCUGCUUCUGCAGGCUUUUAGAGCUCAGAAAACAGCCACAGGCGCCGUGUACUGGAAGUCACGCUUCGAGGCCUCUGCCGCGGGCUGAGGGGCGGAGUGGGCAGCCCGUGACCAGCCAAGAAUCUCUCAGCAGCCCGCUGACGCCCAGAGACUGAGCGAGGAAACUCGCGAGAGGACUACACAGGGCCCAUGUCCGCCAGUGUCUGCUGGUGUAUCAGACAGUGACAUUCGAACAUGUGUCGGACAGAGACAGUUCAGAGAUGUGUCGGACAGUCAGUCCGGACACUGUCCAAAGGUAGCUGAGUUCAGCUCGGCGUCGGACCGCUGCCAGUCCGACCGACUAUACCUACUUCAUUGAAACAGAGUGUCUUCACUAUAACAUAUCAUCAUUGUCCGUGUCGCCCGUGGUGAAUGUCUGUGUGUGUUUGUGUGUCUGUCAGCAGCUCACGUAGUUCGUUACGAGGGAGCUGGCAGUGCUCGGCGGCUCGAGCUGGGCUCUGGGCGCAGCGAGCGGUCCAAGCCUGACGGAGCUCGGUCUGGGGCGUCUCGGAGGGACGCAGAAGGGCCCGGACACGCCCUCUCGGGUGUCCUCAGAGCGUGCUCCGGACGCCGACGGUGAGGGCGGUGUCUCAUCUCUCAUCGUUGCCCGGCGGCCAUGGCGCUGUCCCGGGUCUCUGUGUGUCUGUCUGUGUGUGGUCCAAUGGUCCGACAGCGCGCUGUGCGGUGGCGUCUCUCGCACCGCCCUGAUUCGGAGCCGUGCGGCGCUGGCCGGAAUGGCCGGGGCAACAUGAUACGUCACAGAUCACACGGCUGUAUAUAGCGAGAAUUACCUCUACUGGCUCAGCUUGUAGCUGGUGGCAGAGACUGCUGCUUCUGUCGCCAGUUGUUGGCAAGGAAACCAGCUUCACAUCAGCAAAAGUCUAUCAUCACUUGAAGCUGGGACCUUAUACGCUAGCCGGACAAAACUAUCCAGCUUGGAGUGCCGGGGAAGGUUGAGCACCAACCGGGUCCCAACGCCCAACCAGCCUGGUGUCAGUAAGCAGUGUGUUCUCUAUGUGGAUUAUCAUGCUGCCAGCUCUCUACCGGGCCCCGGCCUUGUAUAAACGUCAUUUACAUGUGUAAACUGUAAAAAGUGGUUCAAAUCUAUCAGCUUCGAUAGAUGAACUCAUGUUUGAUGGCGAAGUGACGUUUCACGUUCCACGCCAUUCAUACAACAUAUCAAUUUGAGAACGUAUAAUGCAAAUGGUGCUCUGCACAGACAAUCUCAACAUAUCAUUUUAACAAUAAUCUUUCGAUAAUAUCUUUGUACACGCCUGUUCAGAUUGUGUGUACAUAGAAUGGCCAUAUUUGGCGCCGAUAUGUGUCGUUCGUCCUUUUGUGAUGGCCUCAUUCCUCUCGAUAUAGCUAUGAUAGUGAAAGACUUAGGCCGCUUUGGUAGGUUUGCAGUCGAGAAUAGUGAACUUGUUGGGCAAGAUAGCGUAGUGACGCAGCACAGAUGAAUGCCUAGGUUUGAGACGACUUAGGUUUUGAGUCGAUCCGUUCACGUUUUAGAUCCCAUCAUUUGAAUGUACUCCAAUGGUGUCCUGUUGAUGGGUUCUGUCCUGUCGAAUGUCGAUGGGUACCGAUAUCCCUAGCGCUAUCCCCGUACACUAUUGGGAUGUCUCCGUUCAGCAGCGUCCCAGCUAAAAAGGCAAACGGGUACCGUAGCUGCACGCCUGUCAGCACAGCUGGCAUGCCUCGUUUACAGCGAUACUCCAUGUGGCUCAAUUUAUUAUCAACACACAGCGCCUUUCAAUUUCUAUUUUCUACCUUGUGAUUCAAGCUGGUUAAUGACAAUCAUUAUUUUACAACGCAUGCACAUCUGCUGGAAAAUGUAUUGAUUGCUCUUUUAUUUGGUAUCCAUUUUCAAGACAAUCAUCUUGGGCUUUGAAAGCUUUUACGUGAUAAAUAUAAAAUCAAACUUUUUUCCAUUGAGAUAUAUCUACUUAGGAAGGAAUCGCAGCAAACAGUGUGAGCGAGCGGGUGGAUUUAUCAGUAUUUUUGCAUAAGUGUCUUGUUUCUUGAUCGUUAUACUUUUGCUAAAGGGCUAAACUUCCUGCAGCAUGCAUGUCCUAGUGACCGGAAUUGCAACCAUAUUAGAUGUUACACCUUUCAAUUGUCUCAGCAAACAUAUCUGAAAUGACAUGCGUUAGUCAUCGACUCUCUUUACCGAGUGUGCUGCUAUUGCGGCUUGGCUGCAUUAGUUCUCUGAAAGUAAUAACAGCUAAAGCCUACGUAUAUGUAUAAUUGAGAUUUACGCUUAUCACAUCAAUACUUAACUAGGUGCAUCAUUAUGGGUCAUAGCUUCCUUUAUCUUGUGGCUUCUUUGAUGUUUUAAAUACUGAACGCUGCAUUCCUAUGAAACAUUAGACGUAAACAAUUAAUGUAUGCAAAUAUGGUACUUAGCAGAUCCAUUCCUAAUUAAUAUUCAAAAAAUUAUCUUACUAGGCCGAUAUGAGCUUGUCCAGUGUCCACUGCUGUUAUGGAAAGAUGUAAGAAUAUAGAUAUCAUUUGAAACCAGCGUUAUCAUUGUUUACGUUGCAGUAUAAACGUACCUAUAAAUAUACCUACUAAUUACCCAAACAUAUCCAAAUGUGACUGAAUGUUUAUCCUGCUCCUAUGGAUGCCAAAUAUGUAAAAACUUUAACUAAUUAACUGUACCUUAAUUAAGAUAAAAGGAUUAAACAAUAACAGAGGGAAUAUUAUUUUUAUAUGCACCUCUUGGAAGUAAAGCUACCCUAUAAGGCCAAGUUUUUCGUUCUGACAUCGUGUUUUGUCAUGCGUAUACCUACACUUUAACCCUCGCCGGCACAGGGGGGGGGGGUUGAUGCAACCCCCCCUAAGGUUUUUCGCGAAUAACUCGCGUAAAAAGCGGCCGAUCGCGACGAAACUUUCAGUACCCUCGCAUGGAUCAAUUUUACACCUACCCUGAAAAUUUCAUGACCCUGGCCCCAAUGACCUUUGACCUGUGACCUCUUUUCUGUGACCAUGUUUGGCCGAAAUCGCGGUUCGGCACAUGUCCGCUCGCAUUAGCCGCGCGUUUGCAAGCUUUUCGUGGUUUCAAACGUUCAAACAUGUGAUUUGAUGUUGCUCCCAUGCAAUAGGGUGGGUGUCAAGGUCACCUGAAGGUCAGGUCAGGUCAUUGACCUUUGGUGACCUCGGGUGACCUCGGUUCACGUUUUCGAGUUUUACAUGUUUCUAGGCUAGUUUUUGGAGCUGAAUUCGAAUUUAGCAACCAUUUGAACAUUUACGAAGUAGUUUUGGUGCCUUCGUAACAUAUUACGAAGCUGUCCGAGGCGGUUGACACGUAUUACGAAUACCCGUCACAACCCCUACCGGUUGACCUGACCUGACCUGACCCGACCCGGUCUAAAUGCUUAAAGACAUCAUCUAUGAUCAAAACUAACACGAUAUUCGUGAUCAGCACCCCGGAAAACCACAUAGCAGCCACACUUUACGACUUUCUAACAGGUCCCGAUUUUCCCGGUUUUCGGGUCAUUGACCUGACCUGGAAGGUCACCCGAUGACCUAGGACCUUAAAAUUGGGUAUCAUCGGCUUCCUCUCGUGACGGGCAACACGCUCGUUUUUUCCGCGAAGCUCUAGCUCGAUCAGGGGCCAAACGCGAGGGGGGUUCGUACCAACCCCCCCCCCUCUUGUGCCGUCGAAGGACUCAAAAUGGGCUGUGCCGGCGAGGGUUAAUAAAAGGUGCCUACCUUGCUGUUUAUAAAUCAUUCGCUUAUGACUCAUAUACUUCAUUGCAUUUUUCACUUGCAUUUCUUCUUGCUUGCCUACCAUUUUAGCAUGUAUGGUACCAAAGGCUUUUAAAUUCCAGCAUUCCUUACAUCAUGUUAAAGUUAAACAGUUAACGGUCUUUUUAAAUCCAUGCGGUUAACUUUAGGUACCUACACAUUGUAUGUUGCAGGCAACAGCCUGUUGUGGAUACAUAUACCUAAUGACUUGUGUGAUGUUUCCAUUGUUAUUUGUUGUCCAUCUCGGUACACAAGACGCCAUUGUUACUGAGAACUUGUUUGUAAUGUGUUGUGCUGAUCUGUAUGCCACAGCAUUGAAGUACUGGCUGUCCUCAUACAUGAAUACCUACCCCAAUGAACGCACUGAAU